CCCUGGCCCAUCAUGUAGGUGCAGAGCCCGGGCUCUCGGCUGCAACUGCAAAGGGGAUAUCAGAGAGAGAGGGAAAAGGAAAGCGACAUUGAGAAGGGGAGGGCUGUUUGGCCAGUUUGCAUUUGCUACUUGCACUUGUGCAAUUCCACAGAUCCAGCCGAGCGAGGAGUCCUGCAGCAGCCCGAUCCUGCAUAAACUAGACUGGGAGCCUGCAGUUUGCAUCUUUGUUGUACAACUAGAGAGAGAGAGAGGGGAGAGGCAAAGUCUUUUGUGCACCCCUCCCCCAGCCCAGCACAGGGGAGAGAGAGAGAGAGAGAGAGAGAAUGGCUCAGCCGAGAGGCAAGAAGAAAAAUCCUGGGCUGAAAAUUCCAAAGGAGGCAUUUGACCAGCCACAAGUCAGCUCUCCGACGCCACCACGGGACUUGGACUCCAAAGCCUGCAUCCUCAUAGGAGAAAAGAACUUUGAAGUCAAGGCCGAUGACUUGGAACCAAUAGAAGAGCUAGGCCGGGGAGCCUAUGGUGUCGUGGAAAAGAUGCGCCAUGUUCCCAGUGAGCAGAUAAUGGCAGUGAAGCGCAUCAGAGCAACUGUGAACAGCCAGGAACAGAAAAGGCUGCUGAUGGACCUGGAUAUCUCUAUGCGCACAGUGGACUGCCAUUUUACUGUCACGUUUUAUGGGGCCUUAUUUAGAGAGGGGGAUGUCUGGAUCUGCAUGGAGUUGAUGGAUACGUCACUGGAUAAAUUUUACAAGAAUGUGAUUGACAAAGGCCUGACCAUCCCCGAGGACAUACUAGGAAAAAUAGCAGUUUCGAUUGUUAGAGCAUUAGAACAUCUGCAUAGUAAACUCUCAGUGAUCCACAGAGAUGUGAAACCCUCCAACGUACUGAUAAACAAAGAAGGCCAGGUGAAGAUGUGUGACUUUGGAAUCAGCGGUUAUCUUGUUGACUCUGUAGCCAAAACCAUGGAUGCUGGCUGCAAACCCUACAUGGCUCCUGAAAGAAUAAACCCAGAGCUGAACCAGAAAGGGUAUAGUGUAAAAUCGGACAUUUGGAGCCUUGGAAUAACAUUGAUUGAACUGGCCAUUCUGCGGUUUCCAUAUGACUCCUGGGGGACCCCUUUCCAACAGCUAAAACAAGUGGUCGAAGAGCCCUCCCCACAGCUGCCUGCAGACAAGUUUUCUGCUGAGUUUGUUGACUUUACCUCAAAGUGCUUGAAGAAAAAUUCCAAAGAGCGUCCAACUUAUCCAGAGCUUAUGCAACACCAUUUCUUUGUGCUGCAUGAAUCCAAGAACACUGAUGUGGCAUCUUUCGUUAAACGCAUCUUGGGAGAUUAAGUAUAUGCAGUAUAGCCGGUCUCACCUUCUCAUGGACUUUUCCUCUGACAGGACACACGGAAUGGCUUAAAUUGGCUGUCCUACUUAAUCAAGCACCAGUAGAAAUGCCUCAUGGGACUGGGAAAACUGGACUCAAUAGUUCUUUCUAAUGGCCACUCUUCGCUACGGAACGGUUUUUCCAGCAUGGAAAGAUGUCUAACCCCUAUGCUGCCAUAGGUACCCUUAUGGCUGUACAGGUGUUACUAUAGAUGCCUCUUGCCAAAGGGUGUAACUUUGACUGCUGCCGUAUGGGGUUUAUAUUUAGGUUUCCUAUUCUUUUUGACCUUUUUGUAUUGGUUCUAGGUGCUAUUUUAGUUCCUCUUUAACAUGGUUUCUUCUUUAUUUUUUUCCUUCCUACUUUCAUUUUGGAGAUAUUUAUGUUCUGUAUUCUGAUUAGGUUUGGUUUUUAUGAAAGGACGUGUGUGUGAUAUAAGAGGAGAACAGUGGCAAAUAUUUAUAGGGUUUUGCUGGUGAGAGGGUGAAAUCUUUGUGUCCGCUAUUAUUUAAGUUGUUUUUUUUUUUGUUUUGUUUCUGGAACUGCUAAAGAAUUCUGGAAUUUUUCUUUGGAAUGAGAAUAGGUAUAUGUGCGGAGAUUAUGACUUGGUCACACAUGAAUAAAUAGUGUUGGCUUGUUGUUGAUUACUGAGGGGCAGGCAGUUGUCCCCUCUCAGAAGGAAUCCAGACAUAGUCUACUGUGUUAUCUGAAGCCUUAAUAACCUUUAAAAGUGGAGAUUUUUUCCUGUAGAAUAAUCUUGAGGUUCUGUAAUAAUGUUACGCCUGAAAGAGAAGAGAAUUAAAAUGAUUUACCUCUCCUGUGGUGAGCAAUCUUAUUGACAGUUUGUGGUUACAUGCAGCAGGCCCUUCUAGUUCUCCUACCUCCCUUCUUAUUUCAUAUAUCUUGCUACUUUGGAUAAUUAUAGGGCGACAUAGGGCCAACCAAUCAUUUUUUUUUGUCCACGCAGACUUUCACUGUAACCAGUAACAUUUGAGGUUUCUGUUGAAGUCGAACUCUUCCCAGAGGUUGUCUUCCUCUUUGUCCUUUGCCCCUUAUCUUUCUCAUUUUUCCUGUUGGAGGAUUUUGCUUGUGCUUUACUCUUUUUAAAGUAUUUUACAGCAUUUAGAAAUUAUAUAUAUAUUUUUUUUCUGUGUUUUAUACCUCUUUUCCCCUGAGGGGUCUGCAACUGAUUAGAACUUUUUCCCCUUUCUAGAUCUACAUGAGGGUGAAUCCACCAUAAAAACACCUGAGUAAAUUGUGAUUUCUAAUAAAUUACACACAGUUUUUUUUUUGUUUUGUUUUUUUUAAUUUAUAACCAUUUUUUGUUGCUGCAUGAGGCACCUGCAGGUCUUUGCAAGAGGUAAACCAGUCAUGGUAUCCAUGACAAAUAGAAAUGUUUGUAUUGUGCAGAGGUGAGUUUAUUCAGGGCAUCAUUUUUUUCUGUUUAGUUCAAAUUUGGCCAUUGUAUGUUGUAUGACUUCGACAGCGGAUACUGUGGGGUUAUAAUACUAUGUAUGUCCUUAAUGAGCAAAACACAGAGAAAACUAGGAGUAUAUUUCCAAUCCAGUGACAUGUCUUGCAUACCAAUUAUAUUUUUUAAUGUCAAA